UAGAGAACUUGUAUAUGUUCUGAUACUGAUUAAUUAAUAAAGUAUUAUUUUGUUAAUACGUUUUGUCAAUAGUUUUUUCUCCAUAUGACGGAACAUCUUUAUGAUACGUUGAGACAUCUGAGGGGUAUGCUCAUUAAUUGUAACAGCCACCCGUGCUGAAAUGCACCCAUGAUGAUGUAUCUGUCCUGAUGAGUAGCCCAUUGAAUAGCUGCUGCUGCUGCUGCUGCUGCUGCUGCCAGACACAACCCUGUAGCAGCCAUUGCAGCACCAGGACUCAAAUCCAGUGCAGAUUGUUGUUUACGUUGUGGUUACUGUGAUUGAAAGCCUUUCCUUGACACCAUUGCCAUCAUCAGGAGGUGCUGAAGCAACAAUUUUUUAUUUUUGUAAAAGAGCCAUUUUACAUUGUUAAAUAUGGACCCAGAUGGUGGUGUUGGAGGGGGAUCCUCCAUGAAACUGCCUCAUUCACAUUCAACCCCUGCAGGGGUGGAUGGGGGUACCAGAACUCCUCCAACCACACCGAAGAAGGGUGGAAAGAUGCUUGCAGUACGUGUUCAGAUGUUAGAUGAUUCUGUCACCAUGUUUCAAGUACAGGCAAAAGCUUUGGGUCGUGUUUUGUUUGAUCAAGUUUGCAAGCAACUUCAUCUGCUUGAAGCAGAUUACUUUGGGCUGGAAUACCAAGAACCCAAUGGAACCAAAUACUGGUUGGACCUGGAGAAGCCAUUAUCCAGGCAAAUUGGGCUCUCACUGGUAGACACGCUUUUAAGGUUCUGUGUCAAGUUCUACACACCAGACCCAGCACAGUUGGAAGAAGAAUUCACAAGAUAUCUGUUCUGCCUCCAGAUCAAGCGUGACUUAGCCCAGGGUUUACUGCAGUGUAAUGACAACACAGCUGCCCUCAUGGCUUCCUAUAUAGUACAAGCUGAAUGUGGAGAUUAUGUUGUGGAGGAUUAUCCUGACCACACAUACCUGUCGACAUACAAAUUUGUACCAAAUCAGGACCAUGAGUUGGAGCGAAGGAUCAUGGAGAAUCACAAAAAACAUGCGGGUCAGUCACCAGCAGAAGCUGACUUGAAUCUUCUGGAAACAUCCCGUCGUUGUGAGCUGUAUGGUAUGAAGAUGCACCCAGCCAAGGAUCAUGAGGGUGUACCACUGAAUCUGGCUGUGGCACAUAUGGGCAUUGUUGUCUUCCAGAACUUCACCAAGAUUAAUACUUUUUCUUGGGCCAAGAUUCGCAAAAUCAGCUUUAAAAGAAAACGCUUUCUUGUGAAACUUCAUCCAGAAGGCUAUUCAGAGGGUUACUACAAAGAUACCGUAGAAUUUUUCUUUGAAGGUCGAAAUGAGUGCAAAAAUUUCUGGAAAAAGUGUGUAGAAAACCAUGGCUUCUUCCGUUGCUCAGCUGUGAAACAUGUCCCAAGGCAGAAAACCCGCGUCUUGAGUCGAGGCUCUUCCUUCAGGUACAGUGGUAAGACUCAGAAGCAAAUUGUUGAGUUUGUACGUGAGAACUAUGUGAAGAGGCAGACAUUUCAGAGGUCUCAGUCGUUCCGUCAUUCGAGCUCGGCUCACUCGAGUGUUGCGAACGUUGUGGGAACCAGCUUAUCAGCACACCCCUUGUUACCUCUUGGAGAUAAUGCUGUCGUCGGCACUCCAGCAUCUCUCUCAUGCGGGUCGAUGACAUUGGGUUCAAUGAUGGAGCACCAGCGGGGGGUGGGCACCCACUCGCACCACCACCACCGCCACCACCAUCACAUCAGCAGGGACCGAGCUGGCAAUGCGAGUCCUCUCCUAUCCCCGACACACACUGCAGAUAUCCACGACUUCGAUACCCGGGACCUGACCAUCAUUACAUCAGGAGGCAUUGGGACUACGAGCCCAUCACCCCCCCUCACCACCUCCCUCUCACCAGGUACAUCGAUCACAUCCAGCCCACAACAUUUUUACCCGGGUGGGCGCCAGACAGACGACGAGGAGCAGGAGUACACCACUGCAGUGACAGAACAACGGGAGACAUUGGGUACUGGCGGGAGUCAACGUCAGAGUCCUUACCAACACCAGAACACAGGUGUUGACACAGUAGAUGAUGUCAGUGGAACACCCCCAUCAAAGAUGCAGGAUAUCAAAAAUACAUACCUUGUCACAUCAACCCCCAAUGAAAAUGGUGACAUUGCAACAAAUCACAGUGAAGAAAAUGCUGUUCAUACCCCUGAUGUUUCUCCACUGAAGGCCAUCAAAGAUGAACUCCCAAUGCCAAAGGUUACUACCACCACUGAGGGAGAAGUUGAUGUACGGAGAAAGAGGUAUCCAACAGAUCGUGCUUACUUCAUUGCAAAGGAGAUUUUGAUGACAGAGAGAACAUAUAAGAAAGACCUAGAAGUGAUCAGCUUGUGGUUCCGUGAUGAAGUGAGCAAGGAGGAGGGUGAAAUGCCAGACACAGCUUUGAUGCCUUUGUUUUCAUUGGUUGAGCCUCUUCUUGAGUACCACUGUGGCUUCCUUCGAGAUAUAGAAACACGUCUUGCUACAUGGGAAGGCCGCAGUAAUGCACACCUCAAUGGUGAUUAUCGCCGCAUUGGAGAUGUUCUUUUAAAGAAUAUGGGAGUCUUGCCAUUGUACGAGAAGUACCUAGCAAAGCAUCUGGUUGUUCUUGAAAAGUUGGACUCUGCUUUCCGACUGAAUCACAAAUUUGAGAAACUCUAUCGUGAUUUUGAAAUGCAGAAAGUCUGCUAUCUUCCCCUGACAGCCUUUGUCCUAAAGCCUCUUCAGCGACUCCUGCACUAUGAGAAUCUGUUAGACAGACUUCUGAAGCAUUACGGAAAAGAUCAUCAGGAUUAUGAAGAUUGUCUGUCUGCAAGAAGCAUGUUGAUGGAGACCUCUCGUAAUGUCCCCAGUAUUUUGCAGCGCUCAGAGAACUUCGUAGCACUAUGUGAGUUGCAGCGUGAUCUAAAUGGCUUUGACAAUCUGGUGCAACCUGACAGAAACUUUGUGCGACAAGGAUGUCUUCUAAAGCAUUCCCGCAAAGGUUAUCAGCAACGCAUGUUCUUCCUGUUCUCAGACCUCUUGCUGUAUACUAACCGCACUGUUCAGCCGAACCCACAGUUCAAAGUUCAUGGUCAGCUGCCACUGAGAGGUGUUAUGGUGGAGGAGACACCAGACAAUAAGACUGGAGCAUACUAUUGCUUCACUAUCUAUGGUGGGAACAGAGCACUUACUGUGGCAGCAAGUAGCCAAGAGGAAAAAGAUAAGUGGUUGGAAGACCUCACAGCUACAGUCCAGGCUGCCAGAGACAGAGGUGAUAAUAAGCUUCAGUACCUCAGUCUCAAGUCAUGCAGUUCAUCAGAUGAGGUGAUGGAUACUUGUGGUGGUGAUAGCACCAGUGACACCAAUGGAACAGGACGGGAGAAAGCAGCAGGAGCCACUCAACGCAGUAACACUACAGUACAUGUUUGUUGGCAUCGGAACACCAGCAUUAGCAUGCGUGAUCAGUUGCGCGCUGUAGAAAACCAACUAAGUGGUUAUCUGUUGCGAAAAUUCAAGAACAGCAAUGGCUGGCAGAAGUUGUGGGUUGUUUUCACAAACUUCUGUUUGUUCUUCUACAAAACUUUCCAGGAUGACUUCCCAUUAGCCAGCUUGCCUCUGUUGGGAUAUACAGUCAGUUCUCCCUCAGAACAAGAUGCAAUACACAAAGAAUAUGUCUUCAAACUUCAGUUCAAGAAUCAUGUUUAUUUCUUCAGGGCAGAAAGUGAAUACACAUUUGGUCGGUGGAUGGAAGUUAUCAGCAGUGCUACGCAACAUUCUGGUCGUUUACGGUUAUUCAGUAGGAAAGAAAGUGUGUUGGAAGACAACUAGGUAUUCAGUACUUCCCUCACAUAACAGUGCAGAAUGUUGGUAAUUCCAUUCUUGCAAAAAUAUUGAUUUGAAAUUCACCCCAUCUUCCACAUACUUCAUGAAGUAUGCUACUUCCAAGUGUUGCUGUAUUCUGUUUAUAUUCAAACACCUCUUACCAAGUGUGUUUUAAAUUAACCAGUAGAUUUUUAUGGUUGCCAGUAAAGAUGGGAAAGAUAUGCAGUCAUUUGUAUAAUAAUUCUCAUUUUAUGUGUGAAGUAACCAAAUUUGGUUUGUAAUGAAUUUGAAGUACCCUACAUGCAUAUGCUAAAAGCAAGACAGGAUGUAGAGUGAAUUUGUAUGUAUGACAUCCACAGAACACUUUCUGUGUUCUAAUAUAUAAAAUAGUGGUUAUGAUGGUAUCAUGAAUUACCAUGAUAUUUCAUUUUAUAGCGAGCCAAAGCAUUGGUAAGGUUUGGAGGGACAUGAACUGAGCCUUAUUGCUUGAAGUUUUCUGUUUUAUAUCGCUGUUUCAGGCACAGAAUUAUAUGUAGAAAGUGUUGUACAGACAAAGUUUCUUGUUCAGAACAAAAUUACAUAUGGCAAAGUAGGUUUAUGCUUCUAAAUUUAAUAUGCGACACCUAUAGUAUUAGUAUGUUUCGUGGAUGAAGUCCUAUAUUUUUUUCCUAUUCACAGUUGGAGAUGGUGGCUAGUUGCUGCCUUUAUAUUUCUUCAAAAGGGCUGAAGAAAACUAGGUUUAUUCUGUGUAUAAGCUGAAUAUGAAGAAGGAACAGUAAUGGCUACAUCAUGGUGUUCAGUAAAUUAGUAUGUUGUGUGUGCAGAGUAAGUGGCUCUUCCAAUUUUGAGAAAACAGAAAUAAUGCAGGACAUUGUAGACUGAUCACUUUAUAAUAGUCCUUGCAUUGUCAGACAUCAUGGAACAUCACAAACUACCUCUUGUGUAGAAUAAUUAUUAAAAGACAUAAAACAUACUCAUAUUUUUAAUUAUAUUGCUUACGUGUUUUAUUAAGAAACCUGAAGUAGUCAUAGAUGUUCUUUCACCAAGGCAUGUAUUUUUGAGAGUCAGAAUAGGUUAAAUUUCAAGUAGUUUCCUAUUCUUAUCAGAGUAGCAUGCUUAAUACUGCUCACUGGAUUCUCAGAAUGUCAGUGAGAAGAACUUCUGGAUGCAUUGAAAAGCAGCAGUUGAUCUGAGAGACUGCCAGCUUAUUUAAGUGCAUGUUGCCAGAAAUUCUGUCUUUUUGCAAAGUGUCUCUCUCCCUCUCUCGUGCCUUUAAAGUCUCAUAUAAAAAAAAUCCCAUGUUAGUAUUUCACAUGCAGUAAAUUUAUAUGGUCCUCUGUUUGCAUAAAAUUAUAUUUUACUGAGUUAAGAAAUUUUCUGUGUUGAGAAUUGUAUCCCAACAGUAUCAUAUUUGCAGCAUUCUUAAUAUACAGAAUGUCCAGAAACGUUCCACACCAUAGGAGAAAUUUGUUAUUUGACCAAAUACAGAACUAUAAAAAGGUAAAAGUUGUUACAGAUCAUGUGUUUUGAAUCACAAAUUUUGGAAUCAUAUACCUAGGACAAGCUAUUACAGCAAUAAACUCAUAUCAAUAGUAAAAAGUUCUGGCGAUAUAGCCGGUGUGAUAUGAUGGUGAAAGGGGGAUAUGUUUCCAGGGUAGUGGGAAGUGGUAGUGAAGGAGAAGCUGGUACACUUUAGGAGGCUACUCUUGAAACCAGUUAUGUGGGCUAUCAUUAUGGGGUGGGAAGAUGGACCAUGCGGAGGAGGGUACUGCAUAUAGCGGGGGAUGUGGGACAGUCUGAUCAGAAAACAUUUGAUCUUUGAGCUACACACAUUGAUCCCUGAACUCCGUGCAUCAGUGCCUUAACUUCAGUAGAAGUAUUCAGUUAAAAUGUAUUUGUCAGUAUCUUCAGUAAGCUAGAUAAGUAUCAGUUUCCAAAUGCAAAUGGGAACAUCUUAUUCCCAAACAUAUAGUUCUUCAUUGCAGUAUCCAUUAUAGGGUUCAGAUACAUCUUCUGUUGGUAUUGCAGUAUACUAAUCACUGUUGAACUGUGCAUCAUUUAUAUACAAAUAACGACCUAGAAAUGUGCAGUUAUUUAGCAGGUACAUUUAGUAUACAAGAAAAUCAGUUACACUCCCGUUGGUAUUUGAGCACACUGUAUUGCUUAAUAAGUUAAAUAACUUUUAUCAACAGUUGUUAAAUGUAACUGAGUUAGAACUUUGGGAAAAAAUGUGAAAGAUGUAACAAAUCUGAACACUGAACAGAGCAACAAUCACUAAAUGUUCUGCUGUCACUUAAACUAAUAUCUGAAUCAGCACCAGUGUCAUAACUUACUGUCUAAAUCCAUUUCUGCAGACCUUUCAUUAUUUAGCAUUAAUUGUACAAAAUAUUUUUUUUUUCUAAGUGGGCAGUAUUUGAAUCCAAAAUUCUUACUUCAUUUUUGUUAAUAUUUAUAUGUAACAGAUCAGUCUUUGUGUCAAGAUAAUUUAAUUACUUCUCAGAGGAAAGUCUACAGUAAGAGAUAAACGCCCAUUCAGAAACAGUUAACAUUGUAUUUGUGCACUGAUAGCAGAAUGAUAUAAGAAACUAUUUAUUUCUCGUAUAUAAAAUUAUAUGACAGUUAUGUUUAGUUUUUACUUAGAUGGUCUGCUCUUGUGUUGUAGGAAUAAUGUCAACAACUGAAAGGUAAGUUUAUUUCAUUUCAAAUGUUAAGUUAUGACAGUUUUUUUUUCAAGUUGACAGCUUGUUAAUGGUAGUUCAUUUCCUUUUAAUACCCUAAGAGAGAAUUCAAUACAGCGACUCAGUUAUCUAUGGUAAUGGAGGGAAGAAGCAGUGUGGAUAAUUAAAAACAAUGGAUAAUCCAAUAAUCUGGGAAUACCCAUCAUUCAUGCUGCAUUCAUCUUGCAUAUUAUUGCUUACUGAUUGUGCUAUUGGUCAGAAAUAUCUAACAGAGGAAAGUGACCUAUAUUCAGUGCUAGUAGGCCAGGAUGUAAGACAGUGUUGUGAUAAAACAGAAAGUUGCAAUAGGGUUAGAAAAUGGACAGUACACUGCAAAUUGCUUUGAAGUAUCACUGAUACAUACUGCUGAAAUAGAUGUAAUGAGCAACACUCAAAUCAUCAUGAGAAGCUAUGAUCAGUAAUGGGAGUUCUGAAAGUUCUAGAUUAUAUUACAAGGUGGAUAACUUGCAUGCUGAUAAUAGUGUGUGUACUGUAUGAAUGUUCAACUAUAACUUAAACAUAACAUACCUUAGACAUUCAAGAGAAUCUUAGGUAUUGUAGCUUAAGUCAGAAUCAACAACAGCUAAUGCAGAAAGUAGAUUCCCCAUUUCUUUGGAUGCAGAAGAAGAAAGAUUACAGCUAAUUGAACGAGCAAUAAAUUGAAGUAAUAUCUUUGCUAACAGUGUUGAUUAACUCAGUACUCAAGAAGCACUUUAUCAGUUAAUAGCAGUUUCAGUACCAUUUGCACAAAAUACUUCCACAUGAUAAGAAAUGAGUAACAUAUCAUAUAAUACUGCACACAAAUUAUGUACUUAUGUCUUUGUUAUUUUUAGUAUGAAAUUUUUAAUAAUUAAUACAGUGUGAUAAGAAUUUUAAAAUGUGAGCUGUAUAUGUGAUACUUGUUUGCUAUACAGGCUUACAGUUACUGGCACUUUAUACAGUAUUACUCUAGCAGUAAUUUCCACCCUAUUCUGGAUGGGGCAUAGUAAAAUAAAAUUUAAAUUGUAGUAGACCAGUUACCAUACCAGUAGUGUAAAUACUGGUAACAUUACUCUUAUGGUUCAGAUCCAUCUAUCAGAAGAAAAAAAAUUUAAUAAAUAAAGUAAUUGCUUAGAAUUUGACUUUAAAUACCUGAUACAGCAUAUGGUGGAAUUAUACUGUAGUAGCAUCUGAAGAGCUGUCAAGUUAAAAUUUAUAGGAAUAUAUAUAUAUAUAUAUAUGUGUGUGUGUAUGUAUAUAUAUAAACAAGGGGAGAAUGAUCACUUAUCAUGGCAGGGAUCACAUUCAACACAAAGGUAACAUCAACUGUUUUGCCACACUGAGUGCUGUCAACAGAGAGAAAAGAUCCACCUUCAGAGUGACAUAUUGGUAGAUGAAAGUGUUGCAUUCAGUUGGCAGUUGACAUAUGACUUUUAUCAUACAAUUUCUUCCUGCCAUUGUGUGAGUAAACACCAUCUUGUGCAAAAAUAUGUGAACUAUUUAUGCCACUUGGUUAGUUAAUGACAGUGUACCAACUGAGAAGGUUAACAUCAAAUGCACAGUAUCUGUUAUCUGAAUGGAUCUAUGCCUUGAUAAGUGUUCCUGUCUGUAUAUGAUUUGGAGAAGAUGAAUGAAUGAUUUGGUUUUAAAAAUACCAUUUGUGCAAUGAAUAAUGGUUUACAUUGUUCUAGAAUAGCUAUACAGCCCUGAACAGCCACACAGUGAAUGCAGAUUUUUGUAUCUUUGAGCUCAGUAUGGAAAUGAUAAUGCACAGAAGUGCUAUUUUAACAUUCUGGGUGAUGAAAGAAACUGAAUUGAUGGAAAAUUGUUGGAGUAUAAUUAUCUUCACCUAAAAUCAUUGCCAGUCUUGCAUACUUCAUCCUUCAGUAUUUUUUUUUUGUUAUUACUUGUCCAGCUUUCUACUUUUAUAACAUCGUUAUAUAAUAAACAGUUGCUCACAUUCAUGCAAGUACAUUGCAUUUUUCUCAAAACAUUGUUUUUACUCAUUUCUGCUAAUACUAUUUAGCUGUUAUGUGCUUUUUAUAACAACUUUCAUAUUCUGCAAAGAACUUUGGAAAAUACAUCAAAAUAUGUAUAUAUUGUAUAUUCUCUUUACAUUUUUAAGAUGAACUGACGAAAAAUAUGGUAGCUGUUAUUUACUAAACAUUAUUUUUGUUAAACAAGGCACAAGGGAUUAUACUAAAUGUAAUUAAAUUUUUACAUCACAUGAGAAAUAUGAAUGUGUGGCAAAACUUUGUAAUAAUUUUAAUUACAUAUACUGCUAUUUGUUGUUACAGACUACAGUUUUAAAUUUUAUUAAUUCAUGUAUAAGAAUUGUGCAUGCACUUAAAGCAUCACAUUUACAUUAUUGUGCUUAUAGUGAUUGUUCUUUGUUAUUUUUACAUCUAUAUGAGGAUAA